UCUUUUCCUUGCUAAUAAAUAAUGGCUUCUUGUUAAGGCGGUGGGUGGUCGAGAAUUUUAUAAUUUGCAAGUUUAGUGAUAAUUUUUGUAUUUAAAACCAUUUAAUGAAAGUGUCAGAGCUAUAAGUGGAACAUAGUUAUGAGUACUAUUAGUUUAUUCAGUGCACAGUGCUAUUUUACUUCUUAAAGAGUUCCAAGUUGACAUAAAGAAUAAUGAUUUGCUCCAAUAUUAUAUAAAAUGAGUUAAUAAUACUCAUUUAAAGAGAUUUGAUGAUCCACCGCUGUUAUGAUAAUGUGUUUGAGUGUUAACUAAUCCAAGUAUUUAAUUAAUAUAACCUCUAUAUCUAAUUAUGGCUAGAAAAGGAGAUACCAUUCGAAGCAUCAAUAUUUCUGUUGUGGGUCUCUCUGGUGUGGAAAAAGACAAAGGCCAUGCAGGAGUUGGAAAGUCAUGUCUUUGUAAUCGUUUCAUGCGACCUCAUGCAGAAGAUUACAACGUAGACCAUAUCUCUGUUCUCAGUCAGACCGAUUUUAGCGGCAGAGUCGUAAACAAUGAUCAUUUUCUCUAUUGGGGAGAAGUGAUCAAAACCUCUGAAGAAGGUGUCGACUAUCAAUUCAGCUUAAUAGAACAAACUGAAUUUAUCGAUGACUCUUCAUUUCAACCGUUUAAAGGUGGUAAGAUGGAGCCAUAUGUUAAACGUUGUGCAGCUUCAAAAAUUACUUCGGCUGAAAAGUUAAUGUAUAUUUGUAAGAAUCAAUUAGGUAUAGAAAAAGAAUAUGAACAAAAGGUACUACCGGAUGGUAAACUCAAUAUUGAUGGUUUUAUAUGUGUGUUUGAUGUGAGCAUUGUGCCAAGUAGGAGUAUUGAGAAACAAGUCGAAUUUGCAGCUGCUAUUUUAAAUAAUUUGUUAAAAACUAAAAAGCCAAUUGUAUUUGCAACGACAAAAAAUGAUGAUGCCAAUGAGUUGUAUAUUAGAGAAGCACAUAAACUAAUAUCUAGAAGCGAAUAUAAGAAUAGUAUACCAUUAGUAGAAACUUCUGCCCAUGAUAGUGUUAAUAUUGAUGUGGCAUUUAUGCUAUUGGCACAAGUGAUUGAUAAAACUAAAAUUAGAUCUAAAAUACCAUCUUAUGCAGAAGCCGCUUUAGCCAAAAAAGAACUAAUGGAUGCUGCUAGUGAAUCAUUUAUGAGACUUAUAAGAGUACAUGUUACUGAUUGCCAUGCCAUGUGGUCCCAAACUGUGAAAAAACUGAAUUCACAUAAAGAGUGGAUUCAUUUUGUGCAACUAUUCGGUUUGGACGGAACUCAGAGAUUAUUCAGAAGACAUAUUAAGAAACUUAAAGAUGAACAAUUAGCCAAACAGAUAGCUCAUUAUAUGGAAAUGUUACCAGACGUUUUACACGAACUGGUUCCUGGAUUUAACACAUUAGCUGAUAUGGAUUGGCCUUCUAUACAACAAUAUCUUAAAACACAUCCAAAUUUUUCACAAUACUUUUUUGAACGACCAGAGGAUUUACCAUGGUCGGAAUGUUUAGAGGACAACGAAGAAACAAGAAUACCUUUCGAUGUUUUAGAUACAAGCGAGGCAGAGACAGUUUUCAAAAAUUAUGUCAACAUCUUGCAGCAAGAACAAAAACGUUUAGAAUGGAAAAAGCAGUUCAAACAAUUGUUAGAAGAUACUGGUUAUGUUACUCCUGGUAAACAUCUGUCUGAAGUUAGGGUAUUGUUUAUGGGAAGAGAAUGCUUUGAGGCUUUAUCUGAACAUGACUGUCAAAAAAUUUACGACACACAUCAAAGGGAGAUUAUAGAAAAUGCCAAGCACAACUUUCAAGAACUCUUAUUAGAACAUGCUGAUCUAUUUUAUCAUUUUAAAAGUAUCGCACCUACGGGCACAAUAACUCAGGACGAUAUUAAAGAAAUAACAGAUGUUCUACAAGAAGACUUUAGGUAUAAGAUAUUAGAUAGACUUGAUCAAGAUAGAAAACUUACUCUAUUCCAACAUUUAGGUUUUAUACAUUUUCCUAUUAGAGAACAUUGUCCUGCAUUUCCAAAUUGUCAAGAUUCUUUAAUAGAACGCAUUCUAGCGACAAAAACCCAUCGACCUACUUCUUGGAAUAACAGCAAUCAAUGGCUCAUUAGUUCUGAAAAUAAUCAACUUAAUCUACUUAUAUUAGGCUUGAAUAAUUUGGCAGAAAAUUUGGCGGUUAAAAUAAGGAAACAAUGCGAUGAUGACGAAUACGAAAUAGAUUGCCAAUUUUACAAUUUAGAUUACAGAGUUAUAAAUGGGGAUGUUAGCUUACCCCACAAUUCUUUUAGAACUUCCGACUUUAUACCCCACGGUAGCUUUUGCGUCUAUAAUAAUGCGGAAUCAUUUGAAUAUAUAAGAGAAAGUUUGGAAAAAAAGUUACUUUCAAAUUUGGAACAAGACGAUAAGCUUCCUUUCCAAGGAUUACCUAUAGUAUUGUUGUUCCUACAAGACUCCAGUAUUGAUGAAAAAGACGUUUUGAGAUUGCGAGAGGACGGACAAAAUUUAGCCGACAAUUUGCAGUGUCCUUUCAUGGAUAUCUGCUUAGAACAGAUAACUGAGGAACAAUUAGUGCAUGAUGCCUUGCAUCAAUUGAUGCAGAGCAUCCACCAUCGAGCAGGUUUUCUUAAUAUCAAUCAAUCUGUUAUCGAAUGCGUUGAACCCGAUAUUCGAAUAAUAAUGUGCAUGUUUUGUGGUGAUCCUUAUUCUAUAGAAAAUAUCUUAGGUCCACUAUUAUCGCAUCAAAUAUGCUUCUUAUCUUCAUCACAUAGCAUCAUCUUGGAAACAUUUUUAGGCGAUUCUAAGCGGAAGGUGGAGGUAAUCAUCUCUUCUUUUCAUGGAGCCAACACUUUCAGAGAUGAACUCGUCCAUGGUUUUAUAUUGGUUUAUUCCACAAAAAGGAAAGCAUCUCUGGCAACACUAAACGCAUUUUCGAUGAACAUUCCUAAUUUACCUAUACAGAUUUUAGCCGUAACCGACGAUGGAAGUGCGACAGCUUUUUUUAAUGACGAUUUGAGUCAAUUAUUGAUAACAGAAGGUAAUGCUACAGCCGAUAGAUUACACGCACAUUUUAUGACAUCGUCUAGUUCGAUGCAACAUAAAACUGCUUUCUUUACACCUUUCUUUAAAGAAGUUUGGGAAAAGAAACCGGAAAUUGAGCAAGCUUUCCACAUGGAAGAACCGUCUGGUUUGGAUAGUGGAGAAGGUACUUUAGAACGUUCGAAGAGUCAAAGACACGGUCAUCCUCUACCGCCACCGCGUAAUGAAAGUUACUACUUGAAACUAAACGAUGGCAGCGAAAGCGAAAAUUUUGAACUUAGCGGCCCAGAUGAAAGAUUGAGCUCCAGUGAUCAUAGUGAUAAAUUUUCCAGUAUCUAUAUGUAUGGCAGCGAAGGAAGUGAGAAAAAGAGGAGUAUGCAUUCAGGAUUUCACGUGUAUCCACCUCCUGCCACUCCACCAGAACCAGCACCUCCAGAUAACAUUCUCAAUUCAAGACAUUCCAAAAAACAGUUGCUUUCCACUUCUCAAACGUCCUUAGAGGACGUUCCUUACGGAGACCACCCGAUGUCUAUUCCUGGUAGCGCUUGGAAUAGUUAUCAACAGCACGCUUUUACUACUGGUCGUCGUCAUAUCCCCAUAUCGAAAUCGCGAUCGAAAGGAAUCUCGCAAACUUUAAAACAACCAGGAAAAUUGAAUAUGAAAAAUUAUUCGGCCGUAACUGAAGCUAUAGCUAGGAUGAACGUUACAGAUAUAUCUUCAUCUAAUUUCGGUAACGCCCCACUGGCUACUCCCGAAGCAGUUGACUUAGGUUGUGAAUAUGCUCAAGUUAAAGAUCUCGUCCAUAAUAUGUAUCCCGGUCAGAGCCCAGAGUAUAUGUAUACGAUGGUACAAGAUGCCAUCAAUACAAAAUCAAAAUUGAGACAAAGAAGAGAGAAAGGUCAACCUUCUUAUUCUGAUACUGACAGCGAAUGGAGUAGUUUGGAAAGAAGACAAAGGGCUAGUGAAAUAUAUUCGAAAGUCAGUCGAAAAGGCGGUACCCAUAAGAGACAAAGAAAGAAAAGAACCGCCAUUCCAGUACAACCUCCUCGAGUACCACAGCUCGGUUCAUUCACGUUGCCGUCAGUUCAUACACCAGUUUCUGAUGUAGAUAACGAUAAAGUGACCGUUCCGAGUGAUUCAAAUUCAGAUUCAUCGGACGUUAGCGACCCAGAGCAGUUCCCUCCACAAAGUACUUCUGAUUUACGAAUGAGAUUUUCUCAAAAACGUUCAGUGAGUCUGAAAAAAAGGUUGCCAGAUUCUACGAAUCCGCAUCACUUUAAUAUCCAAUUAAAUUCUAUGGAAAUGUAUCAGGGUCAGGGGUUGAUGCACGACGACGAAUCCAGUUUAGACGUGUCAUCCCCGAGAGACAACAAUUCUCCCAUGUUUGGUGUUUUACCAAAGAUGAAAGAAUCCGAAAUAGAAAAAAUGUUACGCAAACGAGAAAAACAAAAAGCGAAAGAUGAUUCGAAAUUGGAAAAACGUAGAUUAAAGGAAGAAAAAUUAAGGAAAGUGGCAGAAGAGAGAGAUAAAAAGAAACAAAAAUCCAAACAGAAAACAUUACCUGUCAGUGGAGCUCCAUCCAAAUUAUCAGACUUUAUACAAUCUGAUAAAAACUUUGUUCCAAGUUUUAUGGAAAAAUGUGUUAAAUUUAUCGAAACUGAAGGUUUGGACUCUGAAGGAAUUUAUCGAGUUCCUGGUAAUAGAGCCCACGUCGAUCUGUUAUUUACUAAAUUCGAAGAAGAUGCGAAUGUCGAUAUAACAGAUCUUGACAUUCCAGUCAACGCUGUCGCUACAGCGCUAAAAGACUUUGUUUCCAAAAGACUACCCCCCUUAUUCGAACCGGAGGUAAUGACAGAAAUGGAGGAGAUAGCCGGUACCAGACUGAAACCCAUGGUGACCACAUGUGGUAAUCUAGAAGUUAAGAACGAUCGCAGCUGUAGAUUACUAGCUUUAAGAAGUAUGCUAGAUAAAUUACCCCCGAUAAAUUUCCAAAUUUUGAAAUUUGUUUUUCAACAUUUCGUCCGCGUUACGGAAAAUUCCAAAUUGAAUAGUAUGGAUAGUAAGAAUUUAGCAAUAUGUUGGUGGCCUACUUUAUUACCAAUAGAAUUCAGCGAUAUGGGUAGAUUCGAACAGAUGCGACCGUACCUCGAAGAUAUUGUUCAAACGAUGAUAGAUCAGUAUCCGUUUUUGUUUUGUGGUAAAGAGGCUUUUGUAAUGGUUUAAAGAAGCUUAUAGAUGUAUAAACAACGCACAAUUUUCCUAUUGUUUCAGCCUCUGUAUCGGUGUUUUAGUCACCUGCAAUCAUCACUGAUGUUUCAUUGAAUAAUCAUUUUUCAAUUCCACAUAAUUCCAUUUCUUUUUUUCAUUUCAAAAAGAAAUUUAUCAUUUAAUCCAACACCAUGACUUAUUAUACUGUUUUGGUGAUUUUAGUGGACUAUAAGUCACUAGUGAGCGAUAAAACACCGUGAGUUAUUGAUCCCAUAAUUAUGGCGAUUUUACAAAUUUAAAACAAUCAUUUUUUUUAAUUAAACACCAUAAGAUAUUAAAUCAUGGUGAUUUUGGGAAUUUAGUGGCUUAUAAGUCUCUAGUGAAUUAUAAAACACUAUGAGUUAAUCAUCCAUGGUGUUUUUUGGGAAUUUAGUGACCUAUAAGUUAGUACUCCAUGAGUAAUAAAUCCCAUAAUUAUGGCGAUUUUAGAAAUUUAAAACAUUCGUUUUUUUAAACCAUUGUUUUGGUGAAUUUAGUGGCUAGUGAGUUAUGAAACACCAUUAGUUAUUAAUUCCUUAAUUAUGGCGAUUUUAGGAAUAUAAAACAUUAAUUUUUUUUUAAUUAACCACCGUAAUUUAUUAAAUUAUGGUGUUUUGGUGAAUUUAUUGGCCUAUAAGUGACUAGUGAGUUAUAAAACAUCAUAAUUUAUUAAUCCAUGGUGUUUUUGGAAAUUUAGUGGCGUAUAAGUCUCUAGUGAAUUAUAAAACACUAUGAGUUAAUCAUCCAUGGUGUUUUUUGGGAAUGUAGUGACCUAUAAGUUAGUACUAUGAUGUUUUAAGAUCUUAUAAAUAUGUUCCGGAUAAAUGAUUAAUUUCCAAUUGUUUUAUAUCUUUGUAGCAGUGGUUAUUUUUAUAACUCACUAGUGACUUAUAGGCCAUUAAAUUCACAUUAAAAAUACUAUGGAUUAAUAACUUGUUUUUUUUUUUCUUUACGUGCUCAAAAUUUUUAUUCAGUUAAAUAUCAGCGAUGAUGGUUUUACUCAUUGUUGUUGAAUUGAGAGGCCUUUUAUGUUAAAAUUUAGAAGGAAGAAUGGGUAGCAAGAGAAUAAUUGUUAAAAUUAAUGGUGUGAUGACCCAGUAUUUGUAUUUUUACAUUAACUAGAUGGGAGUAUUUCAAAUUGCUGUAUGAUACUUUUAUAAAUGACUAUGUAUGAACAAUGUUCAGUAUACUAUGACUGGGUUGUUGUAUUAGGAUAGUAAAUGUUGUAUCUUUUUUCAAAUAUCAUCGAGAUUGUAGCGCAGCUACUUUGUCCAUUGUUGGAAUUUUUAUUUUUGAAAUAAAAACAGCUCUCCUUUUGAACUUAGUAUUAGCUACAUUUAUUUUCAAAAUGAUUCCAUUCACUUUUGAGGUAUGGUCCUCGAAAACGUGCUUGAAAUAUUUAUAGAAAUGCAAGACUGAGUCAUUCAAAUAUGACUUGGAGUGCCAAUAUUACUAAAUUAUAUUUCUAGUCCGUGCAAUUAUGACAGUUGCUUAAUUUCAUAAAUAUAUAUUUUUUUAUUUUUACUUAAAUAGUUAGUAGUAAAGUCAUCUACCCACAAUAUAUUAACGAAUAUGAUUUCUGCAGAUAUUCAAUUUUCAUUUGUGGUAAAUAAAUCUAUAGGUAUAUAAAUUGAACGCCCAAGUGUAAUAACUCUAAUAUAUUUCCGAGCUUUCGUCUAGGACUGAAAUAUUAAAAAAUGUAAAAAAUCUUAACAACAAUAAAAAUUAUUUAAACUGCAAUAUUUAACUAAUUUUUAUUAUUGUUAUGAUUUUAUACAUAUUUUUAUAUCGUAGUUGACCAAAAUUUCAGUCCCAUACGAAAGCUGGAAAUAUAUUAGAUUUAGUACACUUGGGUGUUUGAUUUCGUGUUAGUUAAACUAUUUAUAACUCGAUACUAGCCGAAUAGGAUUGGCUGAAAAUUGGUUUAGAGGUAGUUUGGAACCAGGAGAAGGACAUAGGAUACUUUUUAUCUCGUUUCCGCUGGACGUGACAUAGAACGUGAUAUAACAAAACGAAACAAACAGAAAAAAAUGUGUAUAAACAUCAUGGACUAGCGAUUCAUGGAGUAUGAAUUUGAUAAUUAGAUUUGAUAAUUAGACCGGUUGAUGUAUUUGUUUCGAGUUUAUAUUAUCUUAUCGCGGGGGAUAUUACCAUUAAAAAGUCGCGUUCAAAACUAUCGAAUGCAACUAGGAUUCGAAACAUUACGAAUGAUAGGAUUGAAGAAGAACAGGAAAUUGUACAUGAAGAGCGACGGCUUAGUACGGCUUGACUCCAUGCUUCCAAAUCAGAAGAGCAAAGCGAAACGACUCUGUUGACAAUGCGAAAUCGUCUAGCAAAUUUCAGAGAUCAUCAACUAGAUAAUCUAUGAAGUACUGAUUUGUAUCGAGCAGCGUUUCGAUAUAAUUUCAACCAAUAACUAUGUUCACAUUGGACCAAUGGACGUUGUUUGAGAAUAUUGUGGCGCAUUGAAGUUUUCCGAAGAAAUUGUGCUGCCUUAGUGGGAAAUAGAAAUUGCAAUUUAAUUAACUCCGUAACUUGAGCCAUUGCUUUGCUUUGUGGCGAAAUAAAUUUUCUAGCAAACACUCGAAAAUACAAUGGUUGUUUCUAAAGCUACCAUUAUACUAGGAUACUAGCAUCCCACUUUGAGUCGAAUUUGUGUUGGGAUGCUAGCAUCCCGGUCUGCUAUUUUAUUUUAAUUUUUUGCCAGUCGUCAAUAUGGCCCCAACGAAUGAAGAGAUGUUGUUGCUGAUGUUACUAAUUAAAAAAAGAAGGCGUCGUACAAAAAGUAAGUUUAGUGUGGCCCCCUUUUUAGCUGUCCGUCGUGUUAAAAGCCUGUAUUUUAAAUUGUUUGAUGAACUGUGCAAUAGUGGAACAAGAUUUUUUAAUUACUUUAGAAUGAUGUCACUUCCUUCUUUCAAAUAGCUUCUAGGCUAAAUCCAAAGCGACAUCUCUAAACAAGAUACAAGAUUCCUCAGACCAAUUUCACCCGAAGAGAAGCUAGUCAUACCUCUGAUCCAACUGCGUGCGCGCAUUUGUCAAAUAGAGCGCCUGCUCGGAUGCUAGCAGCCUGGUAUAAUGCGCCGUAUUUGAACCAAUGCCCCACAACCGAUUUUGUGCAUCCCGGGAUGCAAAAAGCGACCAGCCGGGAUGCACAAAAUCGAGCCUCCGGGUGGCUGUUUUAGCAUCCGAUGCUGUCAUUUCUAGUCUAAUCGCUCCCAUUUGAUUUAAUGUCCCGCUAACCUCCCAGAUGCCAGCAUCCUGGAUGCUAGCAUCCUAGUAUAAUGGUAGCCUAAAGAACGGGGAUUUAAUCUGACCUUCAAAGGUCUUAUUUAUUUGUAUGUUCCUGGUUUACCAGCACACAAUUUAAGAAUGAAGCUUGGCUCCGUAGUAAUCGUACUUCGAAACAUAAACCAACGGAAACGCGUUUGGUGGUAGAUAAAUUGAUGAACAAUGAGAUUUACGCUACAAUACUCAAAGGAAAAUUCCAAGGUGGGGAAAUUCUCAAUCCGAGGAUUGCCGUUUGAGCUUAAACGUUUUCGUAUCGCAUUAACAAAUCACAAGGAUAACUUUUAAAAGUUUAUGGUCUGAAUCUAGAGAAUCCAUGGUCAACUAUAUGUGGCAUGUUUACGAGUCUGAAGACCAUCUGCGUUAUUCGAUCUUGAGCCUAAUAAUAAAAAAAUGUCGUUUAUCACAAGGUGCUUCAUUAAAGAGUUCAAUCUAUGAACCAAAAUACCUGGAGUCGUUAUGAACAUUAACAGUCUGAAUCUAGAAAAUCCCAUGGUCAAUUAUAUGUGAUUCAUUAAAGACUAUGUGCACCAAAAAAAAAGAAUCAUUAAAAUAUUUGAUUUUUUGCUUAUAUUUAUUAUCCUUAUAAAAAAUUGAACUUAUAGGCGGUAGGCUCAGUGUCGAAGAUAGUGUAGAAGUAGCACAAAGUUCGAUAACUUGAACUUACUACAAUUCGUGGACAAAAAUAUAUUUACAACGAAAGAUUAAACUACGUCGCGCGAGCUGAAUCUCUGGAAACGACGUAGCUUUGCUGAAACAUCGACGUUCGAGGUCUUAUCGUUUCGCUGCACCAAGACAGAAUGAAUUUAUCCUCGAUUCCAAAAGUCCCACCUGGGUUUGCGUAUAUACGGAACAAUGAGAAGGAGAUAGGUAUAUUGGUUUAUCCAAAAAAGUGUAUCAGGUAUAUCGGGGAGGAUUAAUUUAACUGUAUGCUAUUGGGACAAAGUUCGCCGGGUUGGCUGGUGAUUUAAUAAUUUCGAAAUAAAUUAUUCAAUUUCUAGUGAAUUUGGUCUGCAUAUAGAAACAUUUUUUGGACUUUUUUUUGUAAACAUGAGAAAGUUGAAAUGAAUAAUAAAUUGUUUUGCUGAUUUACAUAGUAAUUUGAAAUAUAUACAUUGUAAAUGACUUUACUACUACUAUUCAUUGGCAUAAAAGCGGAAUAUUUAUUCAAUUUAUCAAAUAAAUUUUGUUGUAUUUAUUUCUUUUAGCCUUUUAUAUUAAUUUUGUUUUUCAAUAGAGGCAACAAAUGUAUUUUUUUACAAUCUUAUAUUAUUAACGUAGGUGUAUUGAUUAUUUUCAUGUACUGUUUCACAAAUUUAACUGGUAUUGUAAUUUAUUUUUAUCUAAUAGACUUUUAGAAAAUUUUGUGUUUGUCCCAUAGUUUAAUAUUUUGAAAAAAGUUGUCGUUUAAUCUCAUUUGCAUAAAUAUAUCCAGCUUUAGAUUAUGAUCAAAGGGUACAGAAAGAUCAAUGGAAAUAUUCAAACUUUGGCACAUUUUUUCAAAAAUUAUGAAAAUAUAAUAGGCAAAGUUUCAUCAUGUCUAUUGAGGCAACGAUUUUUCUGGAUUAUUUACAAGGAUAUCAAACAUUUUUCACAUAUUAAACUGAAGAUCUUCAUCACAAUCUUAAGCAAAAAAAAACGCUAGUUACCUUUGAGACGCCACCUUUAUGUUUGAUGGGACAUAUCAAUAACAUUUUGAUGCCCAGAUUUUCGACGUCUAACUUUAUCUAUCAAUUGAUAGUUUUAAAAUCAAAUUAUGCUUCAGAUUACACUAUUUCUUGACCGUUUAAGGUCAAGUGUUAUAUUGAUACUAACUAUAGAACUGCACCAACGAUGUUUCGAUAACUAUAAGUUAUCAUCUUCAGAGACUGGGGGAAAACUUGUUUACUUUCUACCUAAACAAUUUCUGAACACUUGAGACAAUGUAAUUUUGUUUGUAUGUUGGUAGCAGUGUGUUGAAUAUAAUUAAAGUCAAUUUUGAAUAUUUAAUGUUUUGAAAUGUAGAAUGAAAAUGAAUAUCAAAAAUCUUCGUAAUUGAAAAUUGUGCAAAUAUGAAUUGAACGAUAACUGAUUUUUUUUUCAAUAACUCAAAUCCAAAAUCGAAUAAUUUUUAAUUUUCAGUAAUUUUUUUCCUAUUGUUUUCAUUAGUGAUAAACGCUGUGAUAUAUUAUUUUAAAAAUUUUCGAUACCUUUUUAAAGUGUAUUAUUUCUUAAUUUAUAAUUGAAAUGCAAUACAGUCCCUAUGUGUACAUCUCUAUUUUAUUUAAGUUUUAUCAUAUUAGACAAUUUUUAUUAUUAGAGAUAAUUUUUAUUUCGAGGACCUUUUGAGGAUACCUAGAUGUUAGUAUAUCCAAAAAAAAAAUAUAAAUAUCCACAUGUUUUUCACUGAAUAAAUGUUGUGAAUGAUUUAUAAAAUUUUUAACGAGAAAAAAAAUGGGUUUUAGCUCCAAAUUAGAUAGAGGGUGUUGGGGAACAACAAUCACAGCCCGUUUAAGCUCCUCUUUGGACAUAAUAAGUUUUUGAAUCUAGUUUUUUUUUGAAAAUUAGUGAAAAUUGUUUUUUGCCAUCUCCACCACAUCUCUGCGUUUUUAAAAUUUGUACUAAGGUAUAAUCAGUUUAUAUGAGGUUCAAAACUUCAAUAAAAAUCUAUAAUAAGCCACCCAACGACGAUAAUCAUGAAACUCUAUACAUAGAUAAUUGACAUUUACUUCCGGAUAUGCCGGAAGUUGUCAUAUAUGUGUGUGAAAAGUCAUGAUGAUACCGCGCCUGCGCAGUUAGUAGUUUACUACUCCACUUUUUUCCAAGUUAUAUAACCUUGCGACAAGAGAUAAGAAAACUACUGACAACAAAGUCAGUGUUCGUCUACACCUUAAUACAAAGUUAUCCAUGGUUCGAUAUCUGUUAGUUUUCCUGAGAUACUGACAACUUCCGGCAUAUCCGGAAGUAAAUGUCAAUUGUCUAUAUAUAGAGUUUCAUGAUGAUCGUCGUGAGGUGGUUUAUCGUACUUGUGCCGAAUAUUUACCAUUAAUGUGGCAACAAUGUACAAAAUGGAUGUUUUAGAUUUGAAACUGUUUAUAUAUAUGUUUUGAACCAAACGAAUCGCUCUAAAUAUAAAUAUAAACAUAAAUUAUAAAUGAAAAUGAUCAAAUAUCAAUUUUUAUUUGCUGCUAUUGGAAAACAAAUUAAUUUUUCUUCUGCGACGAAAAAAAGUUUGACAUUUUAUCUGUGUUGACAGGUAACAAAAUGUCAUUUUUUAUAUAAAAUUAUCUUUUUCCCCGGAUAUUGUAUAAACACGUAAACAACGGUAGAUAAUUAAUUUCAAAAUAUUUUAUUAUACAAUAAAGUUAUAUUUCGUUUAUAUCAAGAGUUGGAAUUUCUGGAAUCGUUGGUGAUAUUCAUACUGAACACACUGUUUACACUACAACUACACCAACACUUAAAAUUACACUGUGUGACGCGCGUUUCGAUAACCAAGUUAUCGUCUUCAGAGACUGAAGGUAAAAUAAAACCUAAUAUGUAUGGGGGAUUAGUUGAAAAAGUUAAAAACAGCAAAUUAUAAUACGAAGACUCGCCAAAAUAGCGCUACUGUAGCAAGUGGAAACGAUAUGAAUUUAGCGGGAUAAUAAUUUUCGAAUGAAUUUGUAUAUUAAUAGUUUCUUUAAAAUAGUUAUGACUUUCAAAAAGUCAAUUUACUAUACCCACUCUAAUAGUUUGUUGCACUCUUUUUAAAAUUCUUCAACUUGUUACUUCCACCUUAAUUUGCUUACUUUCAACAGACACUUUUCGAUACACCGAGAUGGUUCUCCUCACCUCUACUCUCCAUAUUUAGUAGUUAAGAAAUAAUUAAGAUUCUGACAGUCGCUAACCUUUGGCGCAUGCGUACUUUUUAUGUAGUAGCGCUAGUCUCGUUACUUAAAGCCAAGGACACAUUUUUAACACGUGUCUUGUUAAUACGUGUCAUAUAAAUAUCUAUUACGUUAUUUUAAAUAGAUUUAUGCAUAUUAGAGGACGAUUUAACACGAGUUUUCAAUAUCUACGUUGUUCAGAUUUUCGUCAGAAGGGUUACAAAAUGUUUUAGGUUAUAUUCACCACCUGUGCCGAGUUUGUUUAUCGGUAUGUUCGGUACGUGACUGAAGAGUGUUUUCUUAAUAUAUCUUGAUGUACAUUUUAUACCUGUCAUCGUCAUUGCUAAUUUCGGCCACAGAUAUUCACCAUAUUCGCGCCUACGUUGGUUUAUUGGAUGAACUCAGUACGCCCUGGAUUCGUGUAGCAGAAACCGCAACCAUUUCCUCUUCUUUAUCCAACCAAUCCAUCUCUUCUUGUAGGUGCUCCAUUAUGUUAUAAGUUCCGUGAAUUUGUGUUGUGUGAACGUGAAGGUCGAGGACAAAACUUCACCAUUCUAAAAAAAUCAAAAUAUCAGCUGGCGCACACGUUUUGCAACACAGAUAUGUGUUUUGGCCUAUCUGAAGUGUCGUGUUAAAAAUGUGUCAUUAGUUUUUUUAACAUUUUUAAUUCAAAUAAAAGGGGAUCGGGUAAUGUUGUUUUUUGUUUGUCAAAAACAGUUAUUACUAAUAGUACAUUCUGAUAAUUUUAUAGAUUUGUUGUCGUUUUUUUCUUAGAUCAUAUAGUAGAAAUCGUAAUAUAUUUUCUCAGAGAGAAAUAGUAAAUUUUCUUAUGUCAAAUUCGAAUAAAUUUUGGAUUAGAUUUUAAUAAAUUCAUUGAAUAACUCACAUUUUAAUGCAUCUCAUUUAUUUAUAAUAUUUAUUUCACUAUAUCACAUAUCAAGUCAUUAAAAAAACACUUAAUGUGCUAAUUUAGUGUUAGGAAUUGAUGUGCAAAACAAUAACCUACUUUUUCCAAUAUAAAUGUGAUUCGUUUUCGCUAUUAAAGGCGUUUAUAUUUUAUUUUUUGUGAUUGGUUAUAUACUCGCUUUCAUAGAAAUCGACCCACUUGUUUCGAUGUUUAAAAUAGUGAAAUUAAUGCAUUAAGCAAAUUAUUUUCUUUAUUAUUAACAUAAAUAGGUUCGUUGACAAUUUAAAACUUGACAAUUAAUUUCUUAUUAAUGGGUAUGACCCCCUCUUACCUUAAUAACAUCUCUUAUACGAUUAGGCAUAGAUCCAAUCAAGUUAGCUAUUGCUUUUUGUGGCAUGUUAAGCCAUAAAUUCAGUAUAUUGUAAUUGUAUUUCAAUUGUAUCUUUAUUUAGUCAUUUUUAUGUUUGUUUUUUAGUUUUUACAGCUUUUGUCUACAAAUUGUAACAAUUUUUUCUCUCACACUUCUUCUACUGCAAAAAUAAUCACUGGAAUCGAGUUUGGGGCAGGAAGUCUAGCUCUAAUUCUUCUUUUUAACUCAUCCCGUAAAUAUUCUAUUGGAUUUAGGUCAGGACUGAAUGCUGGCUACUUUAUAACAGACUUCUGCAAUGUAAUCUUGCACGAUCCUGGUGGUGUGGGGCCUUGCAUUGUCACGCAUAAAAGUAAAUUCGUCUUUAUUGCAUUGCUCAAAUUUCCUCGAUAUAUCGUAUCAGCCGUUAAACCUCUUCUUCUCUACGGUUCGUGUUCCUAUAGAAAGUGCAUCCCAGAUGAUGCAGGAAUCACCUUCAUAAACACUAUCCAUAUUCUUCAAAUGUCUUUGUUGUCAUUGUUCCAAUGUCUUAUUCAUAUGAUACUGUGCAAAACGCAGGCGUGCUUGUCGAUCAGCUGGAGUAAAUUUUGGACCAAUCGCAAGUGUUUUAGAGGUUAGGUUAUCACCCUGCAGUCUUACUGUCCACUGACUGACGACAGCCGUCGAGUGUAAUUCGAUAGGUUAAUUAGUGUCAGGACUGCCAUCUAGUUUUAUGAAUGGUUCCUUUGAAUUGAUGUAUUUGAAUAACAACAAAACAUAUCCACGCUUUUUUUUCACUGUGGAUUUCUCCGACGUUCAUCUCUGAGUCAAUAUCGAGACACCCGUCUGUGGGGUUUCGAAAGAGUAAAAAUCUUUCCACUUGUUGCUACGGACAAUUUUUGAUACUUCGAGAUGGUUAUACUCCGUAUUUUGGACAGGUAUUAAUUUUAUUCAUUGGGGAUCACUAAUUAAAUGUCUAACCACAAAAACUUAAAUUAAAUUUCAUCCAAGUUCGUAACGAAGGGUAUGAAGUAUUCACAACGUGUCAAGUGAUUAUUUUUUUUAUACAACCAUGAAUAAAAAAUUAUAUUAAUAUUUAUAUUGAAGCAACAGACAUAUCUGUAAAAUUGGGUAUCUUUGCUAAUUAAAAUAAAUCGCAUAUAUCGAAAAACUAAACUUUAAUUUGUUUGUGAGAGCUCAAAAAAUAAAAUUACUGAUUUUGGCUGGUUCUAAUUCAGUGUAUAAUAUGUGGAUAUUUUGUAGAUCUCUUAAUUAAUUCUUAAAUAUAAGAACUAUUCUCAUUGCUAGGAUGUGUAUAUAUGUAAACAAACAAAAAAGAAAAAAAUUGUUUAUUUAUGCUUUAUAUUUAUUCAUUAUUAUACUCAUACCAGCUUGCUGUACUUUCAAUGUUGUUGGAUUAUUUUGUAAGAUUUAUCAUUUAUAAAUUUGUAUUUCUGUUUUAAUAAACGAUUAUUCAUAAA